ACAAAAACAGAAAACUAAACCAAAAACCGACAGGAAAAAAAGUCUUGGGAAAAAAAACGUAAAAAACAAAAACAGUCUCAAAGAUGGCCCAAGGCACAUCUGAAGGGUCCAAAGAGUUCUGGUGGGUGCCCAGGAACCCAGCAAAGACGAGGCAGGAGCUCAGGAGGGUGACCGUGGACACAGCCACAGCAGAGGAGGAGCUCUGGCAGACAACCUUGGACUCUGCCACAGUGGAGGCGGAGCUCUGGUGGGUGGCCGUGGAUCCGACUGUGUCAGAGGCGGAGCUCUGGCGGACGGCUGUGGAUCCAACCGCGUCGGAGGCGGAGCUCAGUUGGGCCGCUUUGAGCCCAAUUGCGGCGAGGAUGGAGCUCUACCACGGCGAGGAUGGAACUCAUGAGACUCUGCAGGGGCCGGCUCUGGAGGAGACUCUGGGGGCCGGCUCUGGAGGAGACUCUGCAGGGGCCGGCUCUGGAGGAGACUCUGCAGGGGCCGGCUCUGGAGACACUGCAUGCGGCAUGGAGAACUCUGCUGCAAAUGACAAGGAGUCAACUGCAGGCAGCGAGGAUUCAGCUGCAGACGGCAUCGAUUUAGAUUCAGGAGCCUCAGGUAGACCUGGGGACUUAAUAAUCCCACCCGGGGACUCUGAAGGCUCAUUCGCUGGCUCCGACUCCGACGGCUCAGGUGCUGCAGCAGGCAUAGAGAGCAUCUCCACAAGAGCUGUCAUGAAGACCACUGGGGUGGUGACCACCAUCUCCCUCCCUUCAAGACCCUCCUCACAGGAGGUGGAUGCUUCAACUCUCUGGAGAGCACAGGGAGCUGUAGAGGCGUUAAUCGUCUGGGGAGCGCAGAUGGAGGUAAAGGCGUCGAAGCUCAUCUCUGGAGCACAGGAGGCGGAGGCGUCGACCCUCUCUGGAGCACAGGAGGCGGAGGCGUCAACCCUCCCUGGAGCGCAGGAGGCGGAGGCGUCGACCCUCUCUUGAGAGCAGGAGGCAGUGGAGGGGUUGACCCUCUCUGGAGAGCAGGAGGCAGAAUGACCAGGUGGCUCGUCUGAACAGGGACCAGGAAGCUCUACGGAGCUGGACCCAGAAAACUCGGUGGAGCUGAAGCAAGAUGGCUUGGCGGAGCUGGGACCCGGUGACUCAGGUGUGACUACAGUCUUUUUCCGACAGCAGUGGGAGGAACUCAGAGGUGGCCCAGACUGCGCUGUGGAUUCAUCUCCAGUUGUCCCAGACAAGGCCAGCAUCUCCACACCACCUCCUGAAGCUCAUGUCUUCACUACACGCCCUGAUGCUACAUCUUCAAACCACCCUCUGCACCACAUCUGAACUCAGUCCACACCCAGUGGGAGGACCCUUCACAACAGGAUCACACAUACUUCCACACAUCUCACAGAAAGGACGUGCAGGACAAGAUGACUCAGUGUGAUGAGGUUUG